AGACAAAUUCCUUUUGAUUUAUUAACUACUUUAAUCUAAUGGAAUAAAAAUAUUUCCCAAGCAUGUCAAGCAAUUUUAGUCCAAAAAAUUUUACAUUUCUCAUAUCUAUCAUAUCUUCAAUGAAACUUUUUGCGGUUUUGAUAUUAACUAUAGUUUGUUCGUUGACAAAUGGCACGUCUGAUAAGAAAACAUCGCUAUCGGUGGCUUCCUUGGUACCACUACUGGAAAUGGAGAGACAAUUAAUUAAUAACCUUGAAGAAUACACAAUCGACCUUAAACAAAAGCUGCAGAUUCUGGAAAGCCAAAUUGCAGCCAUGAGAGCGGAAAACGAAAAGGGAUACGCUGAUCCUUUGGCCUACGUUUCGAAUCCAUUGAAUGGUCUUUCCCUUAUCAGAAGACUGAACCAGGAUUGGGUUAUGUGGCGAAAAUUUAUGCAAAAACCAGUGGGUGUCUUGCAAAUGAGGACACUGGACCUUUGGCUCAAGAAAUUGCCGACGAACAUGGAUCUUUAUAGCGCCUGUGCUGGUAUUAUCCGAAUAAGGGACUAUUAUGAUCUGAAAUUAAGUGAUAUUAUUAGAGGAAACCUCUUUCGUUUUAAAUAUAAUGUCAGCAUGAGUGUACCCGAUUUGUAUGCCAUGGGUCAGCAUCUGUUUGAAAAUGAUCAAUUUUUGUGUGCUAUUCCAUUGCUACAGGAUGUGUUGCAACGAAUUCGGGAAGAACCCUUUCCGAUGGGGCCGCAACUUAAUAUCGAGGAGCUGGAUGUUAUAAAAUUGCUUGUUCAAUCUUAUGUCCAAUCCCAACAAUACCUACAAGCUCUAUCCAUACUGGAAGAGGGUCUAGAGCUCAGCAGCAGCGAUGCUUUCCUUAUACGCGAAAAAGAGAACGCCCUUAGGCUUAUGAAGGAAACCCCGACAAAGGAAAAGCCGACAAAAAAAUGCACAAUUGUCAAUAAAAAACAUGACAUUUGGAAAAACACUAAAGAAUGCUGCAAAGGAACUUAUAAAAGCAAUAAUCGAUUAAUGUGUUACUACAACUCCAGUACCACACCUUUUCUUCGUAUAGCACCCUUUAAAACGGAGCAAAUCGGAUUGGAUCCAUAUGUGGUAGUUUUUCACGACGUCCUUUCUCCGCGGGAAAUAUCAAAGCUGAUUAGUUUAACCGAUCGCAAAUUGGUUCAAGCUGUUACGGUAAAUAAAAAAUCGUUUAAAGAAAUGGUUAGGACAGCCAAAGCACAUUGGGUGUACCGGGGAUAUCAAGAACUGACUAAGCGAAUUUACAGACGUAUCCACGAUAUGAGUGGCUUUGAGUUGGCCGAUGCUGAGAAUUUUCAGAUCGUAAAUUAUGGUAUUGGGGGACACUAUGGGGAGCAUAAAGAUUAUUUUAACGCAUCAAGUAGUUUUUUCACGGGCUACCAUCGUUCACAAACUAAAAAGUAUUUAGGGGAUCGUAUAGCCACUGUUUUGUUCUAUCUAAGCGAUGUGGAGCAGGGAGGAGCUACAGUUUUUCCAGGAAUAUCAGCCGAUUCGGCGUAUACUGUGUAUCCCCGAGCUGGAACAGCGGCUAUGUGGUAUAAUUUGCAUACGGAUGGCCUAGGUGACCCAACCACCCUGCAUGUCGCCUGUCCGGUCAUCGUAGGCUCCAAAUGGGUGAUGACCCAGUGGAUACGUGAGCGUAGUCAAAUCUUUGCCAGACCCUGUCUGGAGCCCUCGCCGUCCCUAAACCCGUCAUAAUCAUCGACAAACAAAUUUCCGGCGCAUAAUCACUUUGCACUCUUAGCAUAAACCCAACCAGCUCAGCUUAAAUGCCUUUUAAAAUGCCAACACGAGAAAAAUAAAGUGCUGAGUGGUUGAGAGUCCCUGCCCCAGAAGCAAGGUAAACCCAAAGGCCACCGCCAACCGCAUUUUAGCAUACUCCUAGCAUACUACGACCUCCCUCGUGCCCCAAAAUGCCAGUCUUCUGGUGGCGUCUAGUGUCUGACACCGCGUACGUGAUGUGCAACUUAAUGUUUCAAUUAGAGGUGAAGUGACGCCUCAGCAGGGGCUAUCGUUAUCGCUCCACUGCACUGCAAAAAAUAUGCGUUGUGAUAUUAACCAAAAACAUACGCCAUUUAAUAAAAUUUGCAUUAAGUCUAA